AUGUCUUCCGAAGACGCCCGCUAUCGUACUUCGACUCAAUAUCGUCACUGGUCAUACACACCGUCCGCCCUCCGUUCCCUGCGCGAAAGCACAAAUGCCUUAGCCACAACCCAAGUUCGAGAUGCCGUUCGACGUGCCAGAGAAGCUCGUGCUGCAUCCUCAAAUGAUAAUAGUGAAGCAGAGAACAGCAGGUCUGCUAGCACUGCUCUACCGGAUGGAGAUGUGGAUUGUUUGACGGUGGAUGAGGAAUUGAAGUUGUUGGAUUAUUACUGUAGACAAACGCUACAGCUGGGAGACCAUUUGGGUGUGCCGAUUGAGGUCAAGGCCACAGCAAUCCAAUACAUCCGGCGUUUCUACAUAAGUCACAGCCUAAUGACCUACACCCCCACGACCAUCCUAAAAACCGCCCUUUUCUUCGCCACCAAAACUGAAAAUCACUAUUUCCGUAUCACCAGAUUCGCAAGCGACAUAGGCAAAACCACCACCGAAGAGAUUCUCUCCUCAGAAUUCCUUCUAACCCAAGGCCUCCGUUUCCAAUUCGACAUCCGCCACCCCUACCGCGGUCUCGAAGGAGCCGUCAUGGAACUCCUCGCCAUCUCCACCCACAAAAUAUCCAUCCCCGCAGAAUUGGAAUCCCAACGCCCCGAAAACAUGCACAAUUUAAUACUAGAAAGCCAUGGACACGCACGCCAUUAUCUCAAAACAAGUGCGCUAUUAUGCGAUUCCUAUUUCCACUAUACGCCCUCACAAAUAAUGUUCGCAUCUCUCUAUCUCGCUUCCGCCCCUUUAACUACCUUCUACCUCGCUCUGAAAUUCUACAAUCCCUCGAAUCCGGAUACAAACACCGCAACAUCAACCUACCAAAAACUUCUCACCUUGAUAAAAAAUCUCGCUCAAAUACUCUCCUCAAUCCCCGAGGAACAAACUCCCGAACAAAGACAAGAAAUCCAAGCCUUAGUCAAGAAAUUGAAGAAAUGCAGAAAUCCCGAAAAAGCAGAUCUAGUUGGACUACAAAAAAUGAAAAGGGAAGGAGUAGAAGGCAAAGAUGGAGAAGAUGAUGAGAAGAUUAUCAAGAAGAGAAAGAUGGAGCGAGAGCAGAGGCUAAAAGAAGAGCAUGAUUUAUUUGGCGGGAGUCUGAAAUGA